AUGAACCUUGCCGCAGCGCUAAUUACUUCAAUGAUUACAGGACGGGAGCUCUCGCUGUUCGGCUCGAAACUGCACCCCGAACACCAAGAGAACAGCAAAGGAAUGCAUGGACAAACUCAACCACAACAAUCGACCACUAGCAGCAGCCCCUUGGACGAGGAAACAGAGGCAUUCUACUUUAUUCAGCGGAUUCUAAAACGGACUCAACUUUCGUGCACAACCCUCAUCCUCGCCCUCAUCUACAUCGAUCGAUUCAAGGCCAGGAUAUCCCGGACACUGAAGCGCAAAACUCGUCUCGACCAAGGACCGGACUAUGACCAUAUCACAUCACCCACAUCAACAUCGCAGUCAUCAUCUUCAUUACUGUCCCGACCUUUUCGCCGGAAGAUUGCUACCUUGCCUGACAGCACAAUAUCCUCUCCCUCUACCUUCACAUUCCACUCUCCGUCUGCCUCUUCCGAUACCUCCUCCGAUACUUCCUCGACCACCUCGACCAAUGAUACCCAAGAUACCAGCAAAUGCAACAAACCCGGGCAGGAACCCUGGUCGAGCAUCACUCUGUUCCUCGUCGCAGUCAUCUGUGCGGACAAGUACCUCUUCGACGCCACCUUCUCUAACGCCGAGUGGGCCGACUUUACAAAGGGACAAUAUACAACUCAGGAACUGAACGAUCUCGAGCGACGAUUCCUCGGCCAUUUGCAAUACAAACUGUACGUCAGUGAGCCCGAGUUUGACGGCUUCUUGCAGUAUUUGGAGGUGAUUCUAGCGCUGAAGCAGGUCUGGGGUCGUGGAUUGAUUGCCUUCUCAUACAGCGAUGUCAGGAUCUUGACACAGAAUCUCCUGCCAGCCUACGCCGGUCGACUUCACUUCAGGGCACUCCACGGCGACAUGAUGUCCAUCAUCUGGCAAGUGAUGUCGACGAUCUCUCGGGCGUACCUCACCCUGAUUGGAACCAUCAUGUUCGCCGCUGCAAGCUACGCUGCCGUCAUGGAACUCGCCUCCUUCAGAGGAAUUGGUAUGCCCAUUUCGGAAUCUAUGAUAACCUCAGCCGGCGGCCUGCCUCUGAUUCGCUCGGCUGGUGCUUUCUUGCCGCUCACGACUACCGACGUCAAGCCUAGCGAUUCGUUAUCGUUUUGGAGCGGCGGACACAGGAAACGACCCAUUGACCUAUGUUCGGAUUCAUCGAAUGACGAAGACGAGGAUUGCGCGAGGCGUCGGACGACUGUCAUGGAUACCUUUCUCGCCCAGUCGGCUGUCGUUCAAUGCGUAGACUGCUUUUGA